CCGAGCUCCGAAGCGCGCGCAAUCCUCCAUCGAGCCGCCAUAGCCUGCACACGCGGUGUGGCGCUACUGCUGCUGAUACCACUCGGUUCCCUUUCCCUUACAAGUCGAAGGGCAUUCGUUUGAAAGGUUUUCGGUGGCCACCAUUGCCCCAGUUCCCCACCGUACAGCGGAGGAUCCAGGCGUGCCAGUGCCAAGGACCAGUAAGCGAACAGAAGCAGGAACGUCGCACAGUCGCCCUUGGGGCAAUCGUAGCAGCAUCUCUCAGCCUACUGCAAAAACAGCUUGACUAUACACGAUGGAUCGGUUAGGAGGAGUAUCUGGCACGUCGGUGAUGGCUUCGCUGGGACCACGGAGUACUAGUCAAUUCCGCAAUCCGUUCGGUCGCCGUCCGUGGAUGGAGCAGAGUGGAGCGGCCGCUGCGGCACCCGGGGCCAAAGGUCUUAAGGGCAUCGUGGCCGGUGGCAUCACUGGUGGAAUCGAAAUUUGCAUCACCUUCCCCACCGAGUACGUGAAAACGCAGCUCCAGCUGGAUGAGAAGGGUGCCACGAAGCAGUACAAUGGCAUCAUGGAUUGUGUGAAAAAGACGGUCAAAACGAACGGCGUGCUCGGUCUGUACCGUGGACUGAGUGUGCUGCUGUACGGCUCGAUCCCGAAGUCGGCCGUUCGGUUUGGCGCGUUCGAAAGCCUGAAGGGUCGGCUGAUGGAUCAUAAUGGACAGCUUAGCACGUCCGGCAAGCUGCUGGCCGGUUUAGGCGCGGGCGUCGCAGAAGCCAUCCUCGCUGUCACACCGAUGGAAACGGUGAAGGUGAAGUUCAUCAACGAUCAACGCAGCGGUACGCCCAAGUACAAGGGUUUCUUCCACGGCGUUGGUAUGAUCGUGCGGCAGGAGGGCCUGUCCGGUGUGUACAAGGGGCUGACGGCGACCAUAUUGAAGCAGGGAUCGAACCAGGCCAUCCGAUUCUAUGUGAUGGAAUCGCUGAAGGACGUGUACAAGGGCGACGAUCCCCAUAAACCGGUCCCCAAGAUGGUGGUCGGUGCGUUCGGUGCGGUCGCCGGUGCCGCGUCCGUUUUCGGCAACACACCGAUCGAUGUGGUGAAGACGCGCAUGCAGGGACUGGAGGCGUCCAAGUACAAGAACACGAUGGACUGCGCGGUGCAGAUCUGGAAGAACGAGGGACCGCUUGCCUUCUAUAAGGGCACGGUACCGCGCCUGAGUCGCGUCUGUCUGGACGUGGCGAUCACGUUCAUGAUCUACGAUUCGUUCAUGGAUUUGUUUAACAAGUUUUGGCGCUAAGAAGCAUCAGGAACCAUCAGGUCUCUCCGCCAGACUCCGCCACCUUCACCUAAUCACAACUCAAACAUGACACCCACAACGGACGGCCUUCGAGAAUGGUUUGCACAGUCACGGGAAAAGAGGGGAAGAGAGAGAAAGAGAGCGCUAGUGCAGGAUUCCAUGGGUAAACGUGAACGACAUUCCAGAGUAAUUUCAGGGAUUUUAGAUGGUUUAGGGGUACGGCUUUUGACGACGGAAAACAUAUAAUGUUGAGUCAAACGGGUUCGAGAUACGGUUUGAUCUCUCGCUAGUGCGCGCCUCCUAUUACGCUUGGCCAUGGGAAUGCUUGCACGUUUUCUGUAGCGCACGAACAUAGAUUGAGACAGUUCUUUAAGAAUGGGUAGCUGUUUAACGCAAAACCGCACUGAUCGUUCAUUCCCGCCGUAGAAAUUCGUAACGUCGCGCGCGAGCAUAGCGUUUCACCUCAGACACAAGCCCUGCCAACCGGUUACCGAAUCUGAAAACCUAUCUUAACGCGUGACAAGCAGACGAACGCGAACAACGCGCAUAUCCUGUUUUACAAAAGCAUACGCACCGGAGGGGUUAGAAUGUGGCAAAAAAGGGGCAGAAGGGAGCCAAUUGGCCUAAUUCCUGGCUAAUAUCCGAGUCAGCACAACAUUCGACAACGAUCAAAACGGAACAAACCUUACGUACUAUAACUUAGCUUAAGCCUCAUUAUCGACGCACUGCAUUCCGCACUAAAUCCGCUUAAUUGUUUUAAGUGUUUGCCGCUUUUACGUGUGCUCUUCCUGCUGGUGGUUUACAAACCAGCGCUAAAUGCGACUAAACGAGUCGUUCGUUCCCAAAAAGCAAAGCAAGAACAAAAGCAAAACAAAAAAAAACCUUUACAAGUGUCCAGGGACAUGGUCUUCAUUAUCGUUGUUUAGUUUUAAUUUUAUCCCUUUUUGGCUCGGUUAAAUCGGAGGCCCCACUAUGUCAUAAAUAUGGUGCAAAAGCUAACCUGUUCCGGUAUUUAUACGCAAUCCCUCAUGUAGCGUUAUACAUCGUUGCCGAGUGUACUAAUAAUCCCUUCGCCUAGGGAGGUGUUUAGAAUGGAGCAGCAAGGUAGCAUUUAGAAAGUAGUCUUACAAUGAAAUAAACGGAAAAAUAACUAAACAGAA